AUCCUACGGUAGAAAUUAAAACUAUUUCGAGGCAUUCAGUUUCGACAAUAUAGUCAACUAUCUAUCUAGCCAUCUAUCCAUCUAUCUAUCACGUGAUAUUAGUUGCAUCGAACGCCGCCAGGUCAAUGAGAGCAGACGCUUUCUUGAGUUUGUUUUCUGAAGCAUAACCUAAAAUCGUCGACCGCACUUAGUUCGCCGAAAUGCAAUGUUUUGCGCUGAAAACUUGCCGCAUUACGGCAAGCUCGUUGAGUGGGGCUGCAAGAAUAGUUAAGCCAGGAUCUACGUCUUUGAGAUGCUUGAGCAGUGAUAAACCCCCGACAGAAACGCCCGUGUCAGAGGCGACGGAUUCAGACGGCGAGAAACCGAAACUUAGUGGAUUUGCUCACGCUUUCGAAAAGUACACAGCGCCAGAGCCCGAGGUUGUCGCUACUCCAAAAUCGUUCGCUACUUUGCUCCGUCACUCGAAAUUGAUCGAUCUUGGUGAUCCGCAGGGAAAAAUAGUAUGUGGUACAGUAUUUCAUAUCGUCAAAGACGAUCUGUACAUUGACUUUGGAUGGAAAUUUCACUGCGUAUGUCCAAGGCCCUCGAGAUACGGAGACAAGUAUGUCGAAGGAUCAAGUGUACUGGUGAGAAUAAACGACCUUGAAUUAUCGACUCGGUUUUUAGGCGCAACUAAGGAUCUCACAAUUUUGGAAGCAGACUGUACACUUCUGGGUACACAAUCGUACUCUAGAGAACGGCCAUCUGAAAGUAGAAACGCAAAUCAAGCGCCAGCUUAGUUUUAGUACAGUUUUUGAAAAAAUCAAGUAUUUCUUAUCCUUGGAAAAUUAAAUGAAAUAACACUGGAUCAUCUCUGUAGAUUUCAAUGAAUGAUUAUUACCUCUGUAAAUGCUCGUCACUACUGUUAGAGGAAGAAAAGUUCGAAAGUUUUAUAUUAGAUUUCGCAUAAAAUGAUCAAUGAAUUCAGUUUCAAUUGUUGAGAACAAAAUCAAUUCACGCAAAUGCAAUGAGUCUCUAUUAUUCUGCGACUAACAUAAAGAAGCAGGCAAGUGUUUCUCAUAUAAAUGAUCACGACAUUUAUAGAAAACUGUUGUGAAUUGAUUGGAGCUGGAGUUGAAAAGAAAUUGUGUCAUCUAGUUACAGUUGAUUUAAUAAAGAAUGUACAUAGUUGAAACUAA